AUGUCAAUAUUUCAAUUAGAUUUACAAUUUUUCGCUCAAAAAAAAGGGGGUGGUUCAGCCGCUACUAACUGCAGUCAUGAUUCAGUUUCCAAAAGACGAGGGAUUAAAAAACACGAUGGAGAAAAAGUAAAGGCCGGAAUGAUUUUAUUUCGCCAACUCGGUAGCAAGGUUAAAGCCGGGCCAAACGUCGAGGGAAUAGAACUUUCGCCUCCGUCUUACCAUCCUCUAAACAAGAGUAAUGGACAUGCUUUUACCGCUUGGUCUUUCAAAAAUUCAGUAAGUGAGAUAAGUGUAGGAAUUGGUCCAAAAUUAUUCAGUUUUAAUUUAGGUGAAGCAAACACGAUUUUUAAUAUUUUCCCUCUCGCAGGCUAUACUCGUCAUCCAGCAUCUUUUGGUAGCAAUAAAGUAAGAUUAGUUGUUUUAGCCAUGGGAAUUUUAACCCAGUUUGCUUUUUUGUUUUUGGUCUAUUGA